AUGGGUGCUUCACUGUCAUCACCAUUAAAAACUCGACAAUCAAACGGUUUUUGUCAGCAGUUGUUCAAUGUUCCUGAGCCAUUACCGGUUUACAAUACGGGUAAUUUAAGUAAUCGAAAACAUCAGUCGGUGUUUGCAGCUGGUUGGAAUUGGUCUAAGAAAGCCACUCAACAGCUACAAAGCCAAAGUACCAAAAAAGCACGUGAAGUAAUGUCCAAAUCGGUCAGCUCAUUUUUGCUGCAUAAUAAAAGCCGUGAUGAAAAUAAUACAGAUAUACCUCUAUCAAGAUUAUCAGUUAUCUUGGAUAAAAAUCAAAAUUAUAAAAUGUAUGAUCCAAGCGAUGCAGUUAGUACAAUUAAUCGUACCAAUUCAUUUGACUGCGAUAAAACUACUGUAAUUGCCAAUUAUUACUGUAUUCAAGAGGAAAAAUUGAAAAACUUCAAAUACAACAAACAGGUACAUUACCAAAUUGUCUUAACUUUCAUGUAUUACAUUUGA